AUGACCUCAGUACAUCUCCUUACCAAGAAGCAGCAGGCAGGCAGAGGACACAAUAGCCUGCAUAGUGCACACGCUCAGUACGAACACAGAAUUAUGGAGGAAGGACCUUACAAGUACAUCAGGGAGGGGAAUGGAAAAGUCAGUCGGGUCAUUCGCAUUGGAACUCGUCAGAGCCAGCUGGCUCGCAUCCAGACUGACAGCGUGGCCGACAAGUUAAAAGAACUGUACAGUGACCUCCAUCUAGAAAUAAUCGGCAUGACAACGACCGGAGACAAAAUCCUGGACACAGCUUUAUCAAAGAUCGGAGAGAAGAGCUUGUUUACCAAAGAGUUGGAGAAUGCUCUGGAGAGGAACGAGGUUGACCUGGUUGUCCACUCACUCAAAGACCUUCCCACCACUCUGCCUCCAGGGUUCACCAUCGGGGCCGUGUUGAAGAGAGAAAACCCCCAUGAUGCAGUGGUUCUUCACCCGAAACAUAAAGGGAAAACUCUGGAGACUCUGCCAGACAACAGUGUGAUUGGCACCAGCUCACUGCGCCGUGCCGCUCAGCUGAAGAAGAGAUUCCCUCACCUGGAAUUCAAAGAUAUUCGUGGGAAUCUGAACACACGUCUGAAGAAACUGGAUGAGAAGGACGACUUUGCUGCCAUCAUCCUGGCUGCUGCCGGCCUUCGGAGGAUGGGCUGGGAGAACCGGAUCAGCCAGAUCCUGGCACCUGAAGACUGUAUGUACGCUGUUGGACAGGGGGCUCUUGCAGUGGAAGUCCGGGCUCGAGAUGAAGACAUCCUGGAGAUGGUGUCAGUCCUCCAUGACCCUGACACUGUGCUGCGCUGUAUCGCUGAGAGAUCCUUCCUCAGACGCCUGGAGGGAGGAUGCAGUGUUCCAGUGGCUGUACACACUGAAGUGAAGGAUUCCCAGCUCUACCUCACAGGGGCUGUCUACAGUCUGGACGGUUCAGACAGUCUGAAGGAAACCAUGCAAACGAGCAUCACUACUGCUGAGAAGGGCCUGGACAGGGUGGAUGAAAGGCUCCAGCGAGUGGGGGUCACAGCCAACAAGAUCUCGGGUGAUGCACAGGACCGGGCCGAGCGGCUGGGGGCCGACCUAGCUGACUUACUGCUGAGCAAAGGAGCCAAAGAGAUCCUGACGGUGGCCAGGCAGCUCAACGACGCCAGAUAAUCCUGCAUGGGAUGAAGGGGCGGGUCUAUGACAGCCUCAUGCUGAAUAGAGUGGUGCAGUAAUGAGUCCUCAAACCCGGAAAUGUGUUAGCAUUUUAGCCUGUCUGCUUACAUUGUCUCAAAGUCUAUGAGAUUUAUAAAUGUGGUUGGUAAGUUGCCUGACAUAAGGUCUAUGGUGAACACAAGCUUAAGAGAUUUUAACUUUAUUGUCUACAACAGAAAAUAAAUUCUGACGUGCCCUACUUAUGAAGCUUUUCUAGUCUUACAAAAGGCAGUUUCUUACAAGUAGCAAACUGGGACUACAGAGUUGGUCUAGGACGUUAAACUUCAUCACACUGAGCAUGUCAAGUCUGUACUUUGACUAAAACUUUGCAACUUUGUUGGUCACACUAAAAAAGAAAGUCUUUCAUGGAAGUGGUGGGAGUGCCAAAUAAAAAUGGAUGCUAAGUGGUGGUAACACUGCAGUCAGUUGACGUAUUGUUGUACUGGUCCCAAUAUAGUUCCUGUAUAGCCUAUUAUUAGCUUUUUACUUUUUCUGGUUGUGUUUAUGCUUCACAAGUUAGAAUGAAGUGUUCAUUUGCGAGUAUUUUCUGGAUAAACUAAAUCUUUAAGUGCCAGAAACUGUUAUUUCACCUCAGACCUUAUUUUGUUCAAAAAUUCAAAAACCCAUGGAUAAAAAUCCCACAGGCUUUUGGUCAGUGAAACAUGUGUUUUGCUAACUUCCGGGUUUGCCUACAAAAAUCUGUCAUACUUGCAGCACUGUAUAAACUCAUCAGUUUAUUUCAUAUGUUACAUGUUCAAUGUUUAAAGAGAUAGAGAGGGGCGACUCUCUGAUGUGUGAGCUCUGGCAGAUAAAUGUUUUAGGGUUUUAAUCAUUAUUUUGACCAAAGUUGUGCUCACUGCUUCUAAAACGACUGAGUUUUUAGCACUUUUGGUCUGUGUUCCAGUCUGAUUCUAUGUACAGAACCUCAGAAACCUCCUGAGCCAUGCAGCCUUACUGGGUUUAUUAAAGACAAAGCACCAAACUGCCUUCAAUCAUUGUCAUAGCUGUUCAAGAAAGAUCUGUCUGAUAUCUUCAUGAUUAAACCUCUUUGAUUUUUUAAUAAAACCCUCCUCAGGGAUUUUUGUUUAAACUCUGCAUGUGUAAAUGCAUAGCACUCCUUAGUCACUCAUAUUUCUCCUGGUAUCAUGGCAGUGACUCUGGGAAGUUAAAUCCAGUUGGAAGUUGGAUUUUGGAGCUGUCAAUGAAUGUGAGUGGUGCAGGGCAGAUACAUAAUACAACCACAUACACACACAUGUUUGUUAAGGUACAAGUGAAGUGCAAAGAUAAAAUUUGAAAUAAACUUUUCAUCCACUGUAAAGUUGCGUUAUCUUGAAUGCCCACCAGAGGGCAGCAGCCAAUACUUUAUGAAUCAUUGGUGUCAGAGUAUGAAAUGGAAAUGAUCACUGCAUAUUUCUUCAAACCAUGACAAUGACCAACAUCUGUACAGCCACGCUGAUUUCGCUGAUUCUGCAUUUAAAUGAACAGAAAUGACUGAUGUAAUAACAAGCAAAAGCAUAAUUCUGAUGACAUAAAUUUUACAACUAUGAA